CCACGUAAAAAAACAUCUAAAUUUAAUGAAGAAAAAGAUGCUUUUAUUAUUGAACAAGUUAGAUUAAGACCUCGUUAUAGAACGAGUCAUAAAUUUUAUGAUGAAUUAGCAGAAUCCGAUAUUUUACAAGGCCAUACUGGACAUUCGGUUAGAUCAAGAUGUAGGGUUCAUUUAUUACCCAAAAUUGAUUAUGUUUAUCAAACUGAUGAAGCUGGUAAUUUAAUUUUAAAUGAACAAGGUGAAAAAAUUAAAGUUAAAUUACUUGAGGUUCCAAAUACUUUGAAAAAUAGAUUUAGUGCAGAAGAAGAUUAUUUAUUAUGUACUGAAGUUAUCAAACAUGUUUUAGAAAACAAUGAUAAAUCAAAAUUUGAAAAUCGUGAUGAACAAGGAUUUUUCGAUGAAAAAUUAUUAUCAGUUGGUAUUUCAUUUUUCAAUGAAUUUGCAAAUAAAUAUCCAAACCAUUCUUCUCCUUCUUGGAGGGAUCGUUUUAGAAAAUUUGCUCGUGCUUAUGGUGUUCAAAAAUAUAUUCGUGAUUAUCAAGAAUCAAUUAAAAAUCAACAAAAACCUGAAGCAAUGAAGAAUUUAACUAGAAGAAAAAAUAGA